AUGCUUGAUCGUUUGCCCGAUAUAGUGCUCCUACAGACCUGGGAAUGCCUUGGCCCCGCGGCUCACAGUGCCUUCUCUAACGAUGAAGGCUGCCCCUUGUGCACCAAGCUUUUCCAUGUCCACACAGGCUCUUUCCCAAGAUUUGAGAACGUCCCAUAUCUUCCAUUUAUUGCCUCUGCCACACAGAACACACGUCGGUAUAUCCACAUUGCAUCUGCCAUUCAAAUCCUUAGCGUAGAGGAUCUGCUCGUUGGCCGAGUUCCCAAGACGCCUCUUCCUCUCGACUCCGUGCUCCUCGAAGCCCUCUUGCAACCUCUCAAGGCACUUCCUGACCAGGUAUGCUGGUGGCGCGAAGUACUGGAAGCCGGCCGUAAAGAUACAUGGUUCUCCAUUCUGCUGCUCCAACUGCCCAAUUUGCGCAAGCUGGAGCUCAAAUACCUUGACACAAUCUCGUCAUACCCGCAGUUCGCCUCGUUAGCCAUUGAUAACUACAAACUCCCAUCAUUCACAGAAGAAGGCGAUGCAACCGACUUGCUUGACGCAUCAUCUCUUUGCCCGAUCCUUCCGCUGUAUCAAUCUUAUUUCCACUCCGACCUAACGCACCUUACCCUCCACGGCUGCUCCACCAUUGCAACACUCCCCGGCCUCCUUACCCGCCUCCCCAAGCUCAAGUCCCUCAUCUACCGCCACAACGACAGCGGCCUACCACAAGUCAAGACGCCAGCCACCAUCGAUCAUACCAACCAGGAUGCUGGGAUUAAUACCUCAAUGCGCCAGGCAUCACCCGUUGCUCGAACACAGCAUGUCGCUACUUCAACCCCGAUCAAUAUUUUGAACCCAGCUGAGCUAACUCUGGGGACUGUCGAGAGAUCUUUCCGUAUGAAGGGAUACGAGAGACGGGUAUUUCACUCGCUACGACAGGUGCGGAUUCGUUUCCAAAACGGCAUCUUCUCCAAUGUCUGGGUGGGUAAUGAUUUAUGGGAUGUCUUGCCUUUGAGUCUGGAAGGACUGUUUUUGGAGGAUUGUGAUCGGGGAAUAAUGCCUGUGCUAGCAAGUCAGCUGAGACAGGUGUUGGAGAGUCAGGUAGGAACGAAGGAGUAUGUGUUGUUUCCUGUGAUGGAGACUGUCGUGUUGCAGCAGCCGAUCGAUGAGGUGGACCGUGUGCCUUUCGGGUCUGAAUACGAAUAUCUGAACAUGCAACUCUCACAGUUGAUCACAAGUAAGUAGACACACAAUGGGGAAUUCGUAACAUGAGAAAUAGAUUCCCCCAGUCCCCCUUACCAUCUCCUAGCAUAAAUAGUCUCGUUCCACAUUAGUAUUCCGAACACGCAGAGUAAAUCAAUAAACCUAGAAACAAAGUCUGUCAGGAAAUGGAGAGCCUUGUCGUAGAUCGGUCUAGCGAGGCACGCGAAGGAUUCACUCGGCAGUACAAACCGCUAGUCAGAUUCAUCUGAAUCCAGCCAAGACAUACCCAACAAGUCGAUGAAAAUGGGAUCCCAACCGUAGAGUUCCUUAAGGUUAGACUUAAGACGUGUAUCCGGCUCAAAGUUGAGAGGGAUGGAUGACAUCCACUGCUUCACGAUUUCGAUGUCUUUAUAAUCGUGAAAAACGUUUUGUUCGUUGAACCAGAACUGUUCCACCGCAAGCUUUCCAUCCU